AUGGAGCAUGAGCUACGGGCAGAUACUGCGCCGGGCGAGUCGCAUAUAGCGCUCCGAAAAGGCGGCGUGUGUUACUACUCUCCGUCGCUAUUUCACAUGGCGCCAACACAUGAACGCAUUGUUCCGUUGACUAUACGUGACCUUCUCAAAAGCAAAUGUCUUUUGGAGUUUUAUGGCGUCACGGGGCUAAAAAAACAUGCUGAGGGCUAUAUCAUGGUGGGCAAUUAUCCUGUCCAGCUUGUGAAGAUCAGAGGAACCGUGCUACUGUACCAUAUGAUGGAAUAUUCGAGCCGGCCGCCAUUUUAUCUAAUUUCCCUCGAAGAUUACCUGGGCCGUAAACUGAUGCUCACCGUAAAAGCCAAUUGUUCCCUGUUCAAGCUGGCCUUGCAAGAGGGAAACGCUCUAGAAGUGGUGGGCAAAUUGACCUUUUACUCCAAUGCGACAACGUUUCUGGUCGACCAUGUGACAUCUCACAGGAGUUUCCAGACGUUAGAGGCUGAAUUGGACUGGUUGCAGACUGUAUUCGCUGCACGUAAGUUUCUAGAGAAGCCAUGGAAGUACGAGGCCCCUCAGCUUAUCUCUACGAUUGGAGCUCCGAAAGUGCUGCUAGCUGAUCAGAGAAAGUCUGCCGAGAAGCAGUUUAUCUUAAUUUCCGACGAAGAUACUGAUGACGAGGAGUACUAUACGUCACACGAGAUUGCAGCCGUCGAUGACAGUUUGUGGGUAGAAACGGCGCGGAAAAAGCGCGGAGAACGUCGAAAUGUAGAAGAUCCCGGAGUUGUGUGGGUUCUAUCCGAUGAAGAGGAGCCUUAA